UAAAUAAGUACGCUGACUUUACAAGCUUAUUGAUCUCAAUAAUAAAUAUGAGUCAUUUUAUCAUUUUGAAUUUAUUUUACCUUGGUCCAGGAUCAUUGAUGCACUUGUUUUCAUAUCUCUGCAGUAUAUUCACAAGAACAUUUCCUUUUGAAUUCAGCAAUUUCCUUAAAAAUCAGUGAUGCUGCGAGUUCCCAGAUCAAUAUGUGAUCAUCAAUGUAACUGAGUACCUCUGGACAAUCCCCUCCUCCACCUCCUCCACCUUCAGAGUUCAGUUUCUCUUUAGCCUCGUAUAUAAACACUCCCUCUGUGACAGAACUGAAAGUGUUCCUUGUACAGCAGUGAAAAUGAUGUUGCAGAUACUCGUAUUAGCUUCUCUGCUCUUUAAAGGCUCGACAUCUCAGAUCACCGGUUAUGGAAAUGUCACAGCAGCAUAUGGCAGAGAUGCACACUACAGGUGUACUGUAGCCAACCCGGCAGGUGUGCUCCAGGUGACAUGGCAGAGGCUUUUCAAAGAUGAAUCGAUUGAGAAUUUGGCAACCUACAGCAAGAGGUUUGGUGUCCAAGUAAACGAGCCUUACAAAGGGAAAGUCAUCUUCGAAGAAGCGACUCUCAACUCGACGUCCAUCAUCCUGAAGAAUGUAAAGUGGGAGGAUGACAGCUGUUAUAUCUGCUCUUUCAACGUCUAUCCUGAUGGGUCCAAAAGGAAACAGACCUGCCUCACAGUACAAGGAAUAUCUGAGGUGAAUACAAGUGUGCAUCCACCCAGCAGUCAAGAAGACCCGAAGGAGGUCGUGUUUAGCUGCUCUGCGAUAGGUAAACCAGCUCCAACCAUCCACUGGUCCUACCCUCCUGACGCCUCCGCCUUAAACCAACCACAUACUACUACAAUAACAAACAGCGACCACACAUUUACCAGCAGUCGCAACGUUACCCUGCGAGUACCUCGAGGCUGGAGCGGACACGUGGACUGCCUGCUCAACCGUGGAAUGACGGGAGAAAGGGUGGAAAGAAUAUCUUACACCUUAAAAGCUGAAAAUACAGAACAAGAUGAGGAGGCCGGGGAAUCACGGUCUGCAGCAGGGCUUGCCGUCAUGAUUUGUGCUGCGUUGUUUAUUUUCUGCAUUGCUGUCGUUGCUGCAGUGAAGAUAAAAAGGUUUAAGACCAACACCAGAAGUGACCCUGUGUGAAGAGCAUCUGGCGCCUCUGGUUAUAAAGAAAUAUAUUUAUAUAUUUUGCAUCUAUAUGAACUUUAGCAACGCAUCAGUGAAUUAAGCUCAACAUCCAUUCAACACAGGUGCAGCUUUCACAUCCAAAAUGUGAACUACCUGUCUAAUUUACAUUUCUUUUAACAUUUUCAGAACUCAGCACUUUGUUUAUGGAGCUUCAAGCUUUUGUGUAUGAAUGCAAAGACGUGAGAGCUUCUUAGGAUUACUCCAAACAAUGUGAGGCAAAGCAAGUAAAAGGUGUACGGUUUACAUGUGUAGCUAUUUAAUGACAGAGUCACAGUGACUGCAGCGCGGUGCAAUAACCAUGGUUUGCUUCAGACAGCUCCAGCAGUUUAUUUUAAGCUCCUGUGUUUUGGUAAUAGGAGAUGAAAAUAAGGAAAUACCCCGUGGCAGGCACUAAGAUGGACCGGCAGCGCCAUCUAGUGGUUAGUUUGUUUUUUGCACGUCAAGAUAUAGAAUAUAUAUUUGUGUAUGUAAAGUAUAAAGUCUAUACCGAUCUCUGAAUGUAUAAGUAAAAAGUAUUUUUAUUUUUUAUUUUUGCACUUUUCUUUCCACGUGACACUUUAAUGUUUGUGUUGUUUCAUGGAGCCGGACACGUGACUAAAAUGCACAUUGAUUGAUUGAUUAAUUGAUUGUUUAGUUUCAUGUUUGUGGAGUUUUUCAGUGUUUCUGAUUAUCGACUCUUCAGGUUGAUUUUGUUCUUUGUUCAUUUUCCUGUAUUAAUUUAUUGAUGUCUGUUCACUCCAGUAAAAUGUGACACUCUAAAUUAAAAUGAAUAUUUUAAAA